CGUUCACGACAUUCAGUGAUGGGCUUGGGCGUGAAUUAUGUAAAGAGAGACCCACGCAAAAUCGCGAGAGAGAUUAUAUGAGUUUGACGUGAACAACCAUAAAAAAGGCGAGCACCCGAUCCGCGCUCCUCUGCAUGCGCAGUCGCCCUCUUCUGUAUGCGCAGUCGCGCACUGACCGCAUCGAUCCACUCCGCAUCGUUUGCAAUCGUCUUAAUUCAACAGUGAGCUGUUGGCAGCAGAUGAAUGAGGAUGCCAACAAACAGAUCUCUCCAGUGAUUGGCUCACAAUGACAGACACCGUGAUGGCCACUACAGGUGUCCAUACAUCAUCUGGACCGUGUGUUGGAGCUGAGCUGACGGAUGAGGAGAAGGAGAUCAUCAACAGCGUCAUCGCCCGGGCUGAGAAAAUGGAGGUGAUGGAGCAGGAAAGGAUCGGACGUCUGGUGAAUCGUCUGGACAACAUGAAGAAAACGGUGUGUGGAGAUGGAGUUUCACGCUGUCUGUUGUGUGGAGAGCAGCUGGGAGCUAUGGGGGUGAAUGCAGUGGUGUGUGAGGACUGUAAGAAGAACAUGUGCACUAAGUGUGGAGUACAGACUAACACUCGACCGCGCUCUGUCUGGCUCUGCAAGAUCUGCGGUGAACAGAGGGAGGUGUGGAAACGAUCUGGAGCUUGGUUCUUCAAAGGUCUCCCUAAACAGUUCUUACCCUCACCUAUGCCCAUUUCUAAAGCCAAAGAGCCGAGGCCUCAGCAGAACCCUGCCGUACGUCCAGCGGUUGAGCCGUCUCAAACACAGGUCACAGGUCCAAUGGAGAGUCGUUCAUCUGCUCAACAAUCACCGGCUGCAAAUUUAGAGCCGACAAGGGAUCCACCGAUUGCUCCAAAACCGCUUGUGGCUCCAAAACCGUCUGGUCUUCAGUCUCGUGGUUACUCUGAAUCAGAUGGAUCGAAUCCGAACAGUCCUGUAGUGAUGAAGAAAACAAUGAAUGUGAACGCAGCAAGACCGCUCGCAUCAGGAACGACUCAGUCAGAGACCGAGAGGGGAAACUAUCAAUCCAAUGUUGUGCAGGACAGAGCGCCACCUGUUGAGCUGGAGGAGAGGAGGAGCGCUGUAUAUAACCAACAUCAAAGCACUCCACCUGUGGAUGAUGAAGAGGAGACAAACAGCUAUGACUCUGAUGAAGCAACAACUCUUGGAGCUUUGGAGUUCACUUUACUGUAUGAUCAACAGAACAACAGUCUUCAAUGUAACAUCCUCAAAGCAAAGGGUUUAAAGCCAAUGGAUUCUAAUGGACUGGCAGAUCCGUAUGUGAAGCUCCAUCUGUUACCUGGUGCGAGUAAGUCAAAUAAAUUGCGCACCAAGACGCUGAGGAACACUCGAAACCCGGCCUGGAACGAGACGCUGGUGUAUCAUGGGCUAACAGAUGAAGACAUGCAGCGCAAAACCCUCAGAAUAUCUGUCUGUGAUGAGGACAAGUUUGGCCACAAUGAGUUUAUUGGAGAAACCAGGUUUGCUCUGAAAAAGCUGAAGUUUAAUCAGAGGAAGAAUUUUAAUGUUUGUUUGGAACGAGUUGUUCAGACAAAGAGAUCGAGCGCUGCUGGAGGUGCACGAGGAAUCGCUCUCUAUGAGGAUGAGCCCGGGAAAGAUGGAGUCGAGUUGGAGGAGAGAGGCCGUAUUUUGAUAUCCCUCAUGUAUAACAGUCAACAGAGUCGUCUCAUUGUGGGAGUCAUACGUUGUGUUCACCUGGCAGCCAUGGAUGCUAAUGGCUACUCGGAUCCUUUUGUUAAAAUAUGUCUGAAACCUGACAUGGGGAAGAAAGCCAAAAACAAGACGCAGAUCAAAAAGAAGACCCUUAAUCCAGAGUUUAAUGAGGAAUUCAGCUAUGAGAUUAAACAUGCAGAACUGGCCAAAAAGACUCUUGAUAUCUCUGUGUGGGACUAUGACAUCGGCAAAAGCAACGAUUACAUAGGUGGAUGCCAGCUGGGUAUCACUGCCAAGGGUGAGCGUUUGAAACACUGGUAUGAAUGUCUGAAGAACAAGGACAAGAAGAUUGAGCGUUGGCACGCUCUCGUCAAUGAGAAUCACGUCUCCAGCGAUUAAAGUCUCGACGCUCGUGCAUGCCUUAGACUAUAUCGCUAUAUUCUCCCUCCGGUCACCUGACGUUAUCCUUCAAUAACUGCUUAUCUCCAGCGUCACUCUUCUUGUAUGUUGUCAUCCGACGUGCUUUCAAGAAACUGAUGAUAUCUGGAGCUUCGUCCACUGUGACUCAAACUCAAACAAGCAAAGCUUAGCGCUUGUGUGCAAAAGAAGCGCUGCACAAUCAUCUACUUUAAAGAUCCGGCCACAGUAGAACUGCAAUAGAAACACUGCAAAAAUAACAUGUUGUUUAAUCUUGUUUUCAGUGCAAAUAACUACAAAUUCCAAAAUCAAGAUGUAUUUUCUUGAUGAGCAAAAUUAACCAAGAAAAUAACUAUAGUUGUUAGACAAAAAAAUAUUAAAUUUAAGUGAAUUUGUGCUUAAAACAAACAAAAUGUUUUCUUGAAUUAAGUGUUUAAGAAAAAUACCAAGGAGGAUUAGGACCAAUAAAAAAUAAAAACAUCUAGGGAUUAAAGUCAUUCUAAUGCAAGAUUUAAGCUAGUAGUUUUUGAAGAAAAAAAUCGAAGUAAAAUUACGAGAAUAAAGUCAUAAUAUUGUGAGAAUAAAGUCAAUAUAAUGAGAAUAAAGACAAUAUAACGAGAAUGAAGUCAAUAUAACAAGAAUAAAGUCGUGGAGUUUUGGGAAUAACGUCGGAUAUUUUUUGAGAAUAAUGUCAUAUUUUUACAUGAAUGUGUUUUUUAAAGUGAUGUAAACAAGCAGAUCUUAUUUCUCGAAAUAUUAUGAAUUUAUUCUCGUUAUAUUUACUUUAUUCUUGAAAUAUAACGACUUUAAUCUCAUAAUUUUAUUUAUUUAGACUUUUUCUCGAAAACUACUACUUAAAUCUUGCAUUAAAAUGACUUUAAUCUCGAGGUGGUUUAAUUUUGUUAAUUUAUCUUGGCUCUAAUCCAUCUUUGUAGAAAAAAGUUCUUACCCUAUUGGCAGAUUUUUUUAUUUUAUUUUUUGCUUGUUUUAAGCACAAAUUCACUUAAGUUUUUAGGUCAUUUUGCUCAUCAAGAAAAUGCAUCUGGAUUUAAGAAUUUUUAGAUAUUUGUACAAAAAAAAAGACAAAAAUACUAAAUAAGAAAGUCAUUAUUGCAGUAAAUAGCAACUAUAUUGACCUUGUUGUGGGCAUGCCUUAAACACAUUUCUUAAUUAUUAAAAAAAUACAUGAAGGUCUUUCUCCUUAAAAGCACUUGACCGUCUGAAACAAGGCAGAUAUAGGAUUUAUUACAAGCCUUUGUUUUAAAGUCCAGGUUUACAGGUCAACGUGGAAUGUCGCUUUUCCGAACACCUGCACUUUCCUGUUCCCGUAACAAAGCCAAAAGUCACUUUUACAAGACUGACCGAUCAUGACUAACAGAUAAACGCUGUGCUCUACAAAUGUUUACAUAUUCUACUAUUGUACGAUUGCGAUAAAGGACAAAAAACAAAAACCAAUCAAGUGCUGUAGAACGGUUAAGAGUCUUAUAGUUUAGAGCGUUUGAACUUCUUAGAAAUGACUCGAUUCGAGUGAUCUAAUCUGCUGUUUAGAUACGUUUAGGUAGAUCUUCUCAUGAAGACAAUGUUUUGUGACACAUCUUGUUUGCUUGCAUGCUUGAUUCGUCUGAUCUGAAGUUGUUUUUUCUUCUUUGUGUCUUAUAAGCACCACAAACCUCUCACAUACAGAAAUGUGUCUUCAUUCAUCAAGUCUAUUGACUUAUAUGUUUACAUUAAAGGUGGUUCACUAUUCUGGCACAUCUGCAAAAGGUUUAAGUGACCAUCAUGUUUACAUCAUUAAAACAGUGAGAGGAAAUGAGAGGAUGACGAUGAUUAAAGAGGAGGAAGAGAAAGAAAGAGACCUACAGCCCAAUUCAGCAAAGCACAUGAAAAAUGAAAGGACCUCGAUGUUUUUAGUGCUCUUUGCCGUUAUCAUUGCCAACUCUUAUGCAUGUGAGCCUCUUCUUUAAUCUUCUGUAUAGAUUUCAUUUCCAUAUUUUCUUCUUAUUGUAGGUCAGUUAGUUCCUCUGAAGAAUGCAUUUUGACAUUUCACAUGCAUAAGUAUUCCUUUACUCAACUUUAUUCAUUUUCAAAAAUGAAGAAAAAAGAAUAAUAUAGCACACCAGUGUACUAUUUUUUAAGGAUUUGUCAGGUUAGUUUGUGAAUGUAUAUUGGUAUAAAUAAGAUUGAUAUACGAUGAUGUUCUCUCAUUCUUCUGAUUCUGUAUUUGUAUAUAUAUAUAGUGCAUGUAUUUGGCACAGCAGGGAAAUGUUUCUGUUUGAACUUUGCAUGUAAAGAUUUUACCUGGAGUUCAAACCACAGGCCAAUAAAAGCCAAUAUAAGCUGCAUAUUUA